AUGGUUUUCGAAGGCUACAUCGCUUUCACCUUAUCAACAUACUUGGGUAGAUUCGUCAAAGGUCUCAACAAAGAUUCGGUCAAUGUCAGCCUCCUGAGGGGAUCCAUUGAACUCAAGAAGCUUGAAUUAUCGCCUGACUUGCUAUCCUUCUCGGAGAGCUUGGAACUCGAAAGAGGUACAAUAGGGACCCUCAGCAUUAAGAUACCAUGGCAUUCCAUUUACAGUAAGAGGUGUGAAGUGACUGUACGAGAUGUUAUCAUUACAAUAGUUCCAAAAUACCAGCGUAGUGAUGCUCCGACGGAAUUCUUUCGAUCGAAAGAAGAGUUCCUUACCGCUACACAGGGGGUCCUUGCACAUAAAGCAAACGAGGAAACUCCUGAAAAAGACUGUAAGGACAGCUUCCUUGGUCGGCUUCAGCAUGCCAUUCUGAAACAUUUAGCCUUUCGUCUGGAGAACAUUUCUUUUCGAUUAGAAGACAAGACCGGCUGUUGGAAAGGGCAAACUGCUGGGGUACAUGCGCACUUUGAUAAGCUGACGUGUGAGGCGACAGACUCGAAUUACAAACCCGUUUUCAUUGGGCUUGAGGAUAAAGCUGUGAGUGAAUCAUUCUACCGUCUUACCUCAUACGAAGGGGCCUCGGUGUACCUGCUGUAUUCCUCUAAUAAUGACAAAAAAGUGCUUCAACAGCCGUCAUCCCAAUUUCGGCGUUGGGAGAGUGCGGACACCUUCAGCAAUGCUGAAUAUGUUUUGAUGUCUUCUGAUGGUGUGUUGACCGUUUGCUGGCAAAAUCAGCCUUCUAAUGAGCAAAAAAAGUUGCGCGUGUGUAUUGCGCUCGUGACCAGAAAAGUAGCUCUUAAAUGGAGCGAAUCCUGCAUUAUGGCCAUCGGAAUUCUUUUUGAAAGCGUGAAACAGGCGCCGCGGCGUGCCUUCGUUGGGGACAGUCGACCUGCUAGUCGCAUUCAAGCUGGUGACCCGGCCGGAACAUCAAAGUGGUGGACCUAUGCAAUUGGCAGAGUGGUUGCGUAUCAGCAGCGCAAGCUCUUUCUUUCUAGCCUCUUUACUUUCUGUCUGCAGCUUCUCCAAGCGCCUUGGAUUCCCGAUGGUCAAGGACAGAACUUGAGUGACGACCAGCUGGCUAGCAUCUCUGCGCAAGAUGUCAUGGCAUGCUGGAACGCGGCAAGAGAGUGCUUGGCACAGUUUCAGCGCACGAAAACACCACUGCAGGGGGACGCGUACACACAGUACCUGCAUUACCGCUACAUGAACGAGCAAAAGUCACGUGAUGGGUCAUUUCCGGGGUGGUACCCUUCAAUAGCUCUACCGGUUGAGAUUGUACUCACCAUUGAAUGUUCAGAGCUCGCAGUUUCCCUCGACCAAAAUUUAAGGGGUGUCGCGAAUCAGGCGUAUAUCGGUGCCACUGUGAGCAAAGACCAGCUGCACGUCCAGCUCUCCGCCGCCACCGCUACCGUGGUCGCAGAGGAGAACGAAGAUAAUCCCGUUCUUGCCAUUGCCGGUAGUGACACCGCCGGUGUGUUGCUUAUAGCGUCGAAAAGGGGGCAUUCCCCAAGCAGCGGCGAGCUUGUCAUCGAAGAGAUCGUAACCUGUCUCGACUUGUGUUUUCAAGAGCUUCUGGUUGCGAAGGUAACCUCAUACAUCGCUGCCGCAAAGCCAUUUCUGUAUCAGGACUUGUUGGAUGGCUCACCCGCUGCAGUCUUGGUGGAAGACAAGCUGGACUACCUAGCGAUGAAAAAGCAGCAACAGCUGUUCUCGUCAUUUGGCAUCAUCGUGAAAUCCAUUACCGGGAAGGCUGGUGGAGUCUACUUGCACGCGCAGCGCUCUCAGCUAGCUCUCGCGCAGAAUAUGCCAAUUGUGGUUGAAAUUCAGGAAAUGAGCGUCAUUGCCAAUGAUUCUACUCUCGUGCAGCUGUGCUCGAUUACCGUGGCUCCCACCGUAGUCAGUGACGGUAUUCGUAUUGAGGUAGUGACCGACAGUGCAAGCAUGUCCACCAACGUUGAGGGCUUUGACUACGUGAAGCAGCUUCUUGAAUCAAUGAAGCAGCAGUGGUCCAGCCACGCGAGCAGCUUUGUGUCAGACCCGCAUGCUAGGAGCUCAGCCGACGCAAAACGGGGUGCGCUAUUGAAGGAGGAAAAGUCCCAGGUGAAUCUGGCGCUGCGGUUCGAGUUUAUCGAAUACGGUGCUCUGGCGCUAGAAAAAUUUUCUGUACGAGCCACCUUCGGUGAUGGAUGGUACAUUCACCUCAGCGCCGCCGGUGGCACGACGGAAGGAUGGUGCCACAGCAUUCCACCGCGGCCGCAAGAUCCUUUCAUCGACAUUCAAAUAUGGGCAGGUGACUUCUUGGCGCACUCACCAUUCGCUGGCAACAUUGAGGACAGCGGCACUGCCUUCACGUGUAGCUUCAACCACGUGACCCUAUCCCUCGGCGACGAUCUGAUAUGCAGUGUAGAGUCUCUUUACGACACUGUGGUAAUGAUUCUUUUCGAGGAGGACCGUCACGUGUAUCUGACCGAGCGCGACAAGUACACCACCCCUCACGUCAGCGGUUUCUUUACAGGCACUCACACGAUGCUUCUCUUAGACAGCAACGGCGGUGAUUUGACCUUGCUGCCGGAAUACGCUGAUAGUGCAGUCCCCGGCGGCACGGCGGGCAGCGCCAACAUGCGCCACCUCGGCGCGACCCCGCCACUAACGCCAUCUCCGCUCACCGUGGAGCUUCUUGGUGAAGAGUGCCUGCACGUAUCUCUGCAGCGGUACAGUGACAAGCGCAUGGAUAUCCACGUCGUGCUCCAGAAAGGCGUGAACGCAUAUCUCAUUGAUGCACCGGCGCACAUCCCUCUUCUCGUGCCGCGAGAGAGUAUGCGCGCAGAGGUGGACUUUCAUCUGUGCGCGCCAAGCGACGCAGACUUGCUCAUGUUCCCGUACGGCCGGAUGAACAUGACCAUGAAGCUGUCCAACGUGGCAGUCGUCACGCACAUGCCAACGCUAAUGGCCGCCUGGGCGCACUUCAACACGCCGUCGCUGCCGCUGUGUCGCCUGUGUAACAUCGGUUCGCGUCUCCAUUUUUCCUCCCGCCGCAGCCACCCCGGUGUGACACUCGCGCCGCGGUCGCCUGCCUCUGCCUCCGUGGAGGCGCUUGGCGCUGCCGCCUUUGCCCGCAUCUCGCGCCUCCCGGAAAGUGGGGUGAAAGACACCUCUGCAUCGUUGACUACCCUCGCCUCGUGUGCCACGUACUCGGCGCAGGUGUUUCCAUCCGAUGUGCGCCUGUGCAUUGAGGUUGCUAAAUCGGAGCUGUACUAUCCAUGGGGUGAGGGCAGUGUGGCACCCCUGUACCUUCACGCCGAGGUGCCGAGCUGGGAAAGUGUCUUGCUGAAGCGAGACGACUGUGUAGAGGUGACUGCGCGAGGAUUGUUGUCAAUGCCCCGUGUCAGUGCCAUGUUGCACACUCUCCCACGUACGAUGAGCGAGACAGCGGCGCAGUACGCAGAGGGGAGUGCCGUGCGCGCCGCGCAUUCACCUGACGUCCAACACGCUGCCUUUCCGGACGAGGAGUACUUUGCGACACCGCAACACUGGGCCUCGCCGCCGCCCGCUUCAUCCCUCAUCCAAGUGCACGUCGUGUACACGAUGGACAGCCGCCCGCCGUUCUGUCCGGGAAGCUCCGACGAGUCUCUGCGAGUCUCCUUGACUGCUACAGCUGUGCCUGGCAGCGGCGCGUUGCCGGGACCUUUGCACAUGAGUCUGCGCUCGCCAGCUGAGGUAGCCGCGUGGCUGACCUUUUUUACAUUUUUCAAUCUCACCAACACGGUUCCGCUUCCCAUAUCGGGCCGCGCAGCUACCGCCUCAUCUGCGUUUGCGUCAGAAGGGAAAGACAAUGGCGGCGGUGACGGGAGCAGCAUUACCACCGUUAAGGCGCAGAACCCGCGCCGCCUCAUCGUGAACGUGCACAGCUCUCCAAUCGUGUUUCAUCUGCCCUUCGCAGCGGCGGCAGCAGUGCUGUGGGAUGGAUUGGAGUAUGUGGCCUCACCCGGCUAUAACGCACUGAGUAUACCGAAGCUGGAUGUGUUGGUUCAUGAGCAGCUGUGGUACGCCGCAGCGACAGGGAUGGAAACGUUAGUGCAGCAACUGGCUGCGUUGCGUGACAGCGGCUACGCUGUUCUGUCUCUUCGUAGCAGCAGUAGUAGCAGUAGCAGGAGCACGGGGGAAGUGGAUAUGGUGCCUGCAAUACUAUUCGAGUCGCACGCUACAGGUCCAACAGCGGUCAAGGUACGCCGACGACUGGUGCUGCCCGCUAUCGUAGGGCAGCUUUCCCAUACCACCACCCUCGUACAGCUACAGCAGUGCUCCACGCUUGCCGCUGUGAGCGCAGUUUUUGAGGCUCGAAGCGCACAGACUGCCCUGCUCAAUGCCGUGAUUCUGCAGGAGAGUCAGCGCCAGAAGCUGCGUUACGCGUGCUGCUGUACCACAUCCGCCGGUGGUGGUGGGAGCAGCUGCAACAGCAGCGGUACUGACGCCGACGCGCAGGCGCAACUGCUACCCCUCCUUUCUCCGCCCUUGGCGAUACACAUCCACAGUGCCUGCCUCACGUUUGAGUGGGUGAGCGGACUACAACGGGGCCUGCGAGCGGGGGUGACAGUGGCGCUUGCAAAUGCGCGGUGCAACGAUUACAAUACGCCCAGCCGCCACCUCUCAGCCGACCAGCUCACCGACGACAACUGCGACACCACCGCACACACUCCCCAGCGCUUUCCUCUGACGGCGUCCGUGCCGCUUCUUGUGGAGGUGGAGGCAGUAGAGGCGUAUGUCUGGUGGACUACCGCAGAGAGCACCAGCACCACGGAAGCCGCCGUCGGCGAGAAGGUGACGUCGCUCGAGGAGCCGCAGCCGACGAGUAAGCAGCACCUGAACCUGCCGCUGGUGACGGCCUGCAUGCCGCUCCUACUGUAUCCACUCCAGGUGCGCACGCGCUUUGACACCGCCUCGCAGACGGGGGACGCAGGUGCAGGAAAAACCGCAAAUGGCACAGGCUCGGUUGUGGCCCCAUCGUCGAGAAUCUUUGUAUCUGUCGAGCAGGAAGACGCACGAGUAGCGGCAAGCGAAGAAGAGCUCGAGAUAAGUUUUGCAGUGAACGGUGGGGACGAUAUCACCAGCGCAAUCAUGAGCCGCUCGCAGUCGCCCUCCACUGCGUCUUUACACACAAUAAUGUCGACCACCAGCGACAGCAAAAGCAACGUCACAGCGACAGCGGCACCCAGUUCUAUCAGGACCCCCACGCGCCCUGCGGAAGCGCAACCAACGUCUGUCUUCUUAGUGACGCCGAUUUGCGUCGUACUCAACACCUCCGCGUAUGUUGUGCUGAGCGAGAUGCUGCUGCAUAAAGUUCAGGGGAAAACUGCAGCGACAACAACGGGAGCCCAGGGUGCGGUGGCAGUAACAACACCACCUGUUCCGCAGGGCAUCGCGGCCGUCAGUCAGUACUACCUCACGUACCUUGUGGAGCCUCCGAUGGCAGCGCGAGGCAGUGCCGCGACAUCCAGCCCCUCCAUCUCCUCACCUCUCUCACCGCUCACCUACAGCAGAAGUGGGUCGAGCAGCUAUACUGGCAGCGCCAGCAACGGUCUUGGCGGCAGCUCCGGCAGGUAUGCGUCUUCGCGCGCACUGCCUGCGCUCUUGCGAAUGACGAAGAUGAUGUACGUGCUCCGUUACGACAGCGCACAGCAGCGCGUGUGGACAGAAAAACAGUCUCAAGCAACGUGGAAACUGGAGAAACAGCAGGUGAAUGACGCCAACUCAGCCAGAAAAGAAGAGUGUGUGCGUGAGUCGUCUGUUGGCGGCCCCGGCGAAAUGGUCGAAGAGAAAGAGCGUAGUACGUCGAGCAUCUUCCUCCCCCUCCCUUCGCUGCACACGGUGGGCGGGAUGCCGAUUUUGCCAACGCCGACGGAGAACGAGGCCCCCGUCGAAUCACAAGAGGCAGAGGCUUAUAAUGGCCACGCACAGUCGUUAACGCACGUCACGGCUGCCAUGCCAACGUUGGUGUCACAGGCUACCACGAAGUCUCGUUUGCAGAUGCGCAUGGCUGUGGCGGAGGUGUGUAUUAGGCUCGUCCACUACCGUGAUGCCGAAACAGGCGCCGCAACUGCUUCCGAAGAGCAAGAUUUCUGGCAGCACUACGCAGUCGUCCACGCCGCAACGCGUUGCGUAGCAGCGGCAAGUCCUACGCCGGCUACUACGGCCCGAACACCGCGCCUCAUGACGUUCCUCGCCACUACUGUCGCACCUCUGCAAUCACUCCACCCAGCCAGUAAGCACACGAACAUGAACAGCAGCAGUACCUCACAAAGCUCCAUGAGCAGCAACGUCAGCCUGACAUCGCGCAGUCGUACUCUCUGGCAAUUGGGUCCACCGCCCGCCUCACCGACAGCUGUACGGCAGCAGUUGCUGGCCCCUACCACAAUACUCGAGGAGGCGUGUGUGGAUGUUUUGCGUGUACAGCUGAGUGGCGUCAUCGUAUCCAGUUUCACCGACGCGCGCUCUGUCCAGUUGGAGUCGUGCGUGUGUACCUCAGUGAAGAGCCCCAGUCGUCCGCUCCUCUCUAUGACUCAGGUGGAGCUGUACGUUCCGUCUUCCGCUAUCACAUAUCCGUCGGCCGAAAAAGCCGAAGAAACGGUGGCACGAGACCUUCAAGGCGCUGCCUGGGUUCCGGAGGUCGCGCGGGGAAUGGAGACUGCACCCGCGGCACAGAGCAUCAGCGCAUUUCCAACGACGUCGCGACAGGACACGAACGCAUUCGCCGCACUAUGGGCUCCGGUGCUGUCACAGCCACAGCCUCAGCCUUCAGAGCCGACAAGGCGUGCAGGGAGGAGCAGCUUGGUCGACCCUCCAUCAGUGGCAGCAGCUCCCACGGCACCCUCGACAAGCGCCGAUACCUCGAACCGCAAUGACAGCGGGGACCAGAGACAGGCUGCUAUGAUGCAAGGUGAAGUGGGAUGCCGCCUGGAGACGCUGGUUGUCGAUCUCAGCGCAGUCGCGUUACGUGCCUGGUUGAGCUGCCUCGUCGAGCACCCGGUCGCCGCGCUGCGAGCCGCUGCAGAGGAGGAGGAAAAGCGAGUGAGAGCUAUAGCGAACAGGCCCCACAGCGCCGACACCGUUGCUGCUGUGACAACGCUGCUGGAUAAAAGUGAGGAGGAAGCCACGGUGCCUGUUCUAUCGCCUGUGCAGUGGAAACCUGGUCAAGGUCUUCGUGUGCAUGAGAUUCGUGAAGCCUUUUGGAGUCUCGAGCACGACAUCACCCUCUCCCGCGACGGCCUCGUCCUUUUCUUCUCAAGCCAAGACACAAACUUGCUGACGGUGUACCUCAAUGGUCACGACAUCGUGCUCGACCCCUCACUGCUUCUUCGCCCGGCAGGACUGCAGCGGGUGGUAGUGGUGGUCCAGAGUGGACUCACCGUUCGGUUUGUCGGCAGCGGCCGUGUGCGGCUCCCACUUGCGCUGUGGAGCUCGUCCCUGGUCGAGACGGCGGCGAACGUUGGUGUGGAGACGGCUCUACUGCCUUUCAUGGCGAUUGGCGAGGGAAGCUACCUAGAAUGCACCCAGGUGCGGCUGGGCUUUACCGAAACCACGGCAGGGAGCUCAGCGGGCGGUGGCAACGGUUGGGCAACGACUACUUCGACCCAAAAGCCUGUGCCCGACUCGUCCGCUUUCAGCUCAAAACACUCGACAGUGGUCAAAGCCGCGGAGAGAAGCGAGGAAGCAAGAGCAGACGUGUCAUCGCCAUCACCACCUCCGUCGUCCCAUGCAGACCUACACAACUCACAGAUGGUGCACCGCAAUGUGCAUUUUCACCUGCCUCACAUCUCAGUCAUCAUCGAGCCGAGACACGAGUCCCGGCAGCUGCACAUCCGCACAGCGGUAGAUUCAUGGAUGAGCCUCUGUAACGGACGACUGCUGCACGACGACGUGCGGUGCACCAAGUUCAUGGUACUCUCGGAGUCCGUGUACAACGCCGCCACGACGACGGCACGCACGACGGUGCUGGCACCUGUCGACGUACGCGUGUGUAGCAACAAUGGGCGGCACCACGCUGUCUCGCUGGGUGCGGUGCAGGUUGACCUUGGCUGUGCAGACCUGUUGAUCAUGUCCACGUACGCUGGAGAGUUACAGGCACUGCGGUUGUACGCCAAGCACCUGGCCCACAGCAAAGCAGAAAAGGCAUUCCUCGAAAUGGUAGAGGCCACCUUGGCAUGGAAAGCAUCAGCGGCUACCACGAACCACAUCGGUGCGCAGGGAGAAGAGGAUGAGCAAGACGAUGAGUUGUACGACGACGAGGGCGAUGUCAGCGACAAGAGCAAAGAAAAAGAAGAGGAGCAGGAGAGGCCCACCAGCGGCGCCAGUGGAGGUAGUGAGCACGAGGGAACUGUGCUUGCAAUGCCGCCGUCAAGAAGCGGCUACGCACGCGUCAACCAUACCAACAAGGCCUCUGCGACAGCAGCAAGUACAGCAGCAGCAAGUGAUGGGGCGAACAGCGUCGACCGGCCGCGGCCAUUGUUGUCAGGACCAAGCACGGAGUGCUACAGGAAAACGCCGCCCCCCGCCACCCUGCAGAACUCUGCCCCGUACAGAUCUAGCGUCACGAAGAGGUUCCUACGGCAGGGCGGUGCCGCGAGCAAAGAGGACGACGACGGCCAGGUGUGCCCCACAUCCACUGUUGAUGCGCGGCGGCAGCAGCAGCAGCAGCGUCGGCGUAGGCGCCAACAACUUCGCCUUCUGAAGCAGCAGUCCCGUGAGUUCUCGUGGGUAGUGUUUACUGCUUCCGUUGAGGUUAUCUUCAGCGAUCACCGCUACCCACUCGUUCAGAUGCACGUACAGGAUGUCGUGGUGCGUCGCACAUCUACCUCGGCCCUCGCCUCCACCUCCCUCGUGCAAUGCCAAAGAGCUAGCGUGCGGGUUCACGGGCGUGGUCGCUGGGACGUGCUCCUCAAGCCGAGCGCUGCACUGACGUGGUCGCUCACGCAGACGGUGUCGCGCCACAGCAGCAACCGACACACCUCCCUGGUGGUGGAUGGAGUCCACUGGCAAUGCUCGCAUCUUAUCGUUGCAAAGAUACUUUACAUUAAUCACCAGUUUGGAACCCUAGCUACGUGCCUUAGGCGACGCUUGACCAUGGCGGUCGCUGCAGUGGGAGAAGCAGGCAGCUCGGCAGCACCGGCAUCCGUCGCCGGCGUGGCCCUGGCGUCUCUGACCAAGGGCAGAGGCGAAGAAAAGGGUUUAGGAAGGGACAGCAGAAGCGACACUACAGCGAGCAGCACUUCUGUUAGCUCCGAUGGGGACGACAGCAGCAACAGUGGGAGCGAUAAGAGUCGCAGCAGCAGUGGCCGGGAAAGCAAUGCCAACACUGAGACAUUCUCAGACACGAGCUCGAAGCGCCCACAACUGCAGCCGCGACGAGAUAUAGUGGCGAUGGGGACCGGUGACCAGAGCAGCGUCGAUGCUCUGACAGUGGCAGCGACAUCAUCAGCAUCGCCUUUCCCUGCCGCUGCCGCCACCACCUCCAACCCACUCGUCAUGUCGAUGUCGCUGUCUCAGCGUGAUGGUCACCGCAGGCCAUCUGGGACUUCAGGUACAGGGGCACCCCUGGCGACUACGACCAUCUCCCCUAGGAUGGCAACACAUCGCCUUUUGAAUAGUUUUAGCCACACCCUCUUCGCCGCCAUCUGUGAGCGCGCGGCAGUGACGAAGGUGCCGUCGACGGCAACGUCUGAUGUGCGGAGUUCAGCGGUCAGAUCGGUAGACCCAUCGCCAUCAUUGACGUCUGCAGCAGUAACAGCAGUGCCGAUGCUGUGGCGCUGCAACGAGCUCUACCGGCUUCCACCCGCCUCCUCUACCGAUAUCUUCAUCUCGUACCGCCGUGCCCACUCGCUGAUGUUGACCUUCUUCACGGCCGAGUGUGUGGAGUGGAAUAGGGUGAAGGGCGCCUGGGCACUAAAUGCUGAGGGAGAGACAGCGCUGGCAGCAAGGGCCACCAUCAGCGCUGCUAAGUCAACAACGCGGGUACCUCUUAUGACCCCGCAGCAGCAUCCGGACACCUCCAGUGCUGCCUCUUCAUUUCUCUCUUGCGUCGCUAUCCCUGCCGCGACAACCAACUGGUUAGCCUUUACAUCCCUGCAGUACGGCAUGGCGAGACCUCUGACCGUACACACCACUCUCCCCAGAGGAACAGCGGCUGCAGCAGCACCCACACCGACAGCGGCAUCGCCAUCGUGCCUGGACAGCAACAUGACCUCACGGCCGAGGUCACCCAUGGCAGCAGCGUCAUGGAUGACCACCACGGCGGCGGGGAUCAGCGACUAUGGCGACAGUCAUAGGAGCGGAGGUGGCUUCAAGACGCCUGCGUACUCGUUAGCGUUGACCUGUGUAGACACAGAGGAGGAAGCCGACACGUUAUGCUACCCCAUUGUAGUCACCAGCGAAGAAAACAACGAUGAUGGUUCGACUCCUGCCGCGCAUCAGCAGCAGCACUACCACCGAAGACAUGCUCAUCACCGCUCCCCCACUGCGUCCUCGGCCGACACCUCCGCACCGCCUUCCCGUAACGCGUCAUUCAUGUGCGCGGGCUCGCUAGCGAAGGAUGUCGCUUCGCAAAUGACGCGAGGCGGCAGCAGUAGCAGGGCCGGUGCAACUCGCCGCACUUCCGGUGACUGCGCACCUGCUGAGUGUAGAGGGCCGCCGCUGCACAACCAGCUGCACAGUACCCACGACCGUUACGAUCGCCUGCAAGUACACUGCGGUACUGCCUCCACCAACUCGCAUCCAGGCCAGCGACACGGAGGCGGUGCUACACUGUCAACAGGGACAGAAGAAAGCCAGCAGCCCUCUGGACAAUGGAAAGAAGAGUCGCGCACCCACGAUACUGCCCAUGUCCCACUAGUGGCGCACCAGCAGCAUCCGCAACCGCCGUCCCACAGCCCAGCAGCGACAGCCCCAGUGGCUUCAGGGCAGGAUAUCGAGGGAGGCAGCGGGGACCUGCUCGUCGUGCGCCUGCAAGCACGCAGCUCCCUCUGCAACGAAACUGGCUGCACAUUGCAGCUUCUGUCUUCCCCCGAGUUGUUCAAAGGAUCCAACUCGGCUGCUGACGCCGUAUCCUGGCCUGCGACGUCAGCGACGGUGCCCCCAGGCUGGCAGCUCCCGCUGUAUGAAGAAAACGUGCACAAGGAAGUGGUGCUGCGCGUGUGCUGUCCCUCGACCCGGUGGAUGCCUUCACCGGCUGCACGGAGUGCAGCCGCGGUCUCCUCUGACAACAUGAACGUCUCCGGGUACACAGUUGGUGUAACGGAGACGAUGAGCACCGCUGCAACGCACCUGCGCUGGUAUGAGGCGCGCAUCGUGUUGGGGCAACUGGAGAGCGGACGCUUUCUCUCCUUUCGGCGCGUUGAUGUGGGGGGUGGUGCGGUGCCUCCAUCUGCAGGCGUGGCAGGUGCGGCAGCGGCGAAAGACGCAGCGUGUCCUUUGCACCACCGUGCUACCAGCAGCCACUUCGGCGACGAUGACGAUGCGCGGCUGCUCGCCCUCUUUGUGAUCCGCACGUAUUCUGCAGACGGGUUGGUGCAGCGUAUCGCCCUGUACCCCCGUCUCACCCUCGUCAACCACCUUGGCCUCACCGCACGGGUAGUGGUGCUGCAGCAGGACCCGCUUGCGGGCCCACAGACUCCAGACGAGGCCACACUCAUCGCACAAUGGACGGCGCCGUUUGUCGGGCGCGGGCGGCACGAUCGAGAGCGCUUUUACCGCAGCCUUGUCACUCUCGGUGCCCAUGACGCGCUUCCACAUCAGCACGCUCUCCCGUUGCACUUCUGCACGUACGGAAGCAAUCUCGUCCUAGGUCUGUCAUUUACUCAGAGCACCGGUGACGCCUUCUUCACGGCGGACCUUGACUCGGUGAUCACGCAUCUGCGCGAUGCCGUGGAUCAUCACCCACGUCUGCUGCAGCUACGCGACAACAACGGGCGACCCUUCUAUGUGCAAGUCAGUGUGAUGUCGCGCACAGUGGUGCUGUCUGUAGCGUUAUGGGUAUACAACCUGACCGAGUACCCGCUGCUCAUGACCGACAGCGUUCUGCAGGGCCGUCUCUGCCCUGGGCAGAACAGCACCAGUGGCAUCAUCCCGUCGCAGGGGGAGCCGUUCCUGAUCGGCUGCCAACUCGCUGACUUCACGCAGGGCUUCUUUGCGAUUGGGAUGGACGGUGGCUGGUCUGGUGCGGUGCCCAUCGACGUCGGCUCCAGUGGUGUAUUUGUGUCCGCCCUGCCUCAACUCGGCAUCACGCGCAGCUGCAACUACUCAAUUCUCUUCCCAAACGCGCAGGAGGGGCGGCCCAUAGUCAUCCAAAUCACGCCGCGGUGGGUCUUCUACAACAACACCUCCAAGCGACUGCGACUUCAAUUUCGCUUUCCUGGACUAGAAAACGAAAUGCAGAAGGCAGAGAGGCGGCGGCGACGGCUGCUGAUGCGGGAGAUCGGUACCACCACAGCAGAGAGCGGCAAUGAGGCCGCAACACUGCCUUUCACGGCUGCCGAGACAGCCCCACAAGCGGUGCGGCGUCGACUUCUCCUUGAGACGGACGACACCGUUGGCGCCCUCACCUCCAUCGCAGAGGUACAACUGAACCCCGGCGACUACCACGUGAGCUGCAUUGGCCCGAUCGAGGGAAACCAAUUCCGAGUGCAGGAGGUAUUGCAGGGGGCACUGCCCACUAUUAUGUCCAUCACUGGCUCAGACUGUGUCAAGCAUCGCAACGUGGCCUCCUACGAGUCGCAGUACACCCCGUACAUGGAUGUCGACCGCCCGGGUGAAGCGACGUUCAACCUGUGGGCGGCGCCGCGUGCGCCGGGGAAGCAGGUGGCCGUGAGCUACGGCGGCCACUUAAUUGUGCAGCGGCCCUCCGCGCCACACCCGACAGAGCUAGAGCCGCACGACAUGUACGCUACCGACGCCGUCAUCACAGGCAGUAUUGCCGUGGUGGUGCAGAGCGCUGAGAAUGUACUAGCGGUGCUGCUGCAGCCGAUUCAGGGAACGAAGAUCCUCUUGCAGAACCGCACGAAGUCGCAUACCGUCAUGGUGCGGCAGCAGGGCAGCCGCCGCCGCAACUGCAUUCCGCCUCGCCAAAAUCGUUUUUUCCUCUGGGAGGACGCGCGCCAGGAGCACGCCAUUCGUGUGCACAUCCUUGGCUACAAGGGCCGGUGGUUUGAUGUGGACUUCAGCGCCGGUGAGUGCCAGGUGACACGGCACGUCGACAUCAAAGCUGCGACCGCCGCUGAGACGCUCGAACAUGCACGCCAGCUGCACCCGCACCCGACACAGGUGAAGCUGGGUGCGGAGCUGCACGGACAGAUUGCGGCAGCAGCUGUAUUCCCCUUCCACGUGCGCAGUUAUACCAAUGCUGAGAAGACGCGCGUCACAGUUCUGAUCACAGAGUCCCCUGUGCCGGUCUACGCCGCGAUCGACUCAUGGCGCACCUCACAAGCCAUGUCUUUACGCAUGACGAUGGUGCAGCUCAGCUGGAUACAGGAGAUGAGCACGUACGUGGCGGCUGCGGCGAAGUUCGCAACGCCGUUUGCGAUCGAUGGCGGUGAUGAUGGGAUGUUCGACGAUGACACAGCUAGUGUGGUAAUCGCACCCGCCGAGGAUGCUGAUCGUGGCGGCGACACCGCGGCUUCCAGCACCGAUGGUACACGCAUGCCGCCACGCGGACGCCUCUUGCGCCAGCGCAACAACACUGUCAAAGCCGUGGCGGAGACUGCACCGGCGUCCAGCGUUGCGAAUGUGGCCCUCUUCUCGAUUGUCCUGGAGGGGGUGCAGCUGGAGCGCCUCGCCACGGAGGACAACGAAAAUUUCUACUUUGCGGUACACCAGAUGCAGUGGGUGGAUGAGAAGUUAGAGACAGUGUUUGUUUAUCGAGCGAGGCCUCGGCUGCCACCGUCUACUGCCAUGCUGCAAGGUGCAGUCGCAGUUCAAGGCAGUGCAGAUGCAGCAGCGGCGAUGCCGCAAACACCACUGGUCUUCUCAGACUCCCCAUCUUUGUCCUCACGUGCGAAGCGAAACGCCAGCGACCGCGUUGGUAGUCCCAGCAAGCGACGGCCGCAGCAUCGCGCCGGCUGUGUAACGCUCUUGGCGCCCAUCGCCGCCACUGUUAACCACCUGCUCCACACAGCUCUUGGCCGAAGUGACGCAUUUCUUCUCUGCAUGGAGAAGCGAAAUGACCUGGAGCUCAGCUAUAGUCUCAUCAAGUACGCUGAUGGCGUGACGCGCUACACAGAGCUGCGCUGCGUUCUGACCCCGCUCGUCGUGAUGCUGACCGACUUUUUGCUGGUGGAUGUAAUCCAGGAGGUGCGUCGGCUGCGAGUACUCCUCGGCCUUAGCAAGAAGACGGCCGCCUCACAGACCACCACGACGGCGCCGCUGGUGUUGACUGUCUCCUCGCUUCAGCAGCAGCAACAGCCAACGUGGCGUGCCUUCAGAGAUAAGGGCACGGGUGGCACUGUUAUGGCUGUGGUACCAAGUAAAGCUGCAUUUUCCUUCCCUUUUGCGCGCUUCUCCUCGCGGCGGCCGAGGCAACGCAGCGGCAGUGUAGUUGUGGCAGACGGCGAAAGAGAUGCAGAGGUGCCGCCAGCUGAGCAACCGACCCCUGCAGCCCAAGUGGAGCCUCGGCACCGGUCCCCGAACGAAAGCCCUCUCAGCGAAGACGCAGGGCAGCGGUAUCGCGGCCGACGAGCUGGACCGCUGCCGCUGAUGGCUAGUCGAAGCAGAAGCAGCGACAGCGACAUGAGCAGCAUUACGAUUGCAUCGUCCGUGUGCACGACACGCACUGGCAGCAACGUCACGCACAGCAACCAAGUGGGCGAGAGGAGCAACGUCAAGCGGAGCUGGAGGACAUCUAUCCAGCACUUCCGACGCCACUCUAACCCAUCGCGUGCCUCGACUGGUGUCACCACCAUUGCAACGCCACCUCAGCAGCAGCGAGACGGCAGCACUUCUGGCUUUCUUUCGCAGGCUGUCUUUCUUCAACAGCUCGUACAGGAAGUGCGUACACGCCUGGAUCAGCGGGGGACGGCUGUGAUGGUCGGGUCGCUGGCAGUCCCUACCACCCGAGGAGAGAAACGGUUGCGGACUCGCAGUAGGCGACUGUCAUUCCUGCACGAAAGAAUCGCCGGCGCAGGUCCUGAGGCGCGAGGACAGCAGCUGCUACUCGGUGCCACCUCGACUGCUGUGUGCUGCCACCGAAGUUCAAUGCAGCACAGUAGGCCAGACGAUGGUUUUGUGAGGGCCACCACCGUCGAUGCUGACGGAAACCGCACUGUGGCUGGCGUGGGGAACAGCGGUGCCAGGGCUGUGCGCGACACUGGAGUUGGCAGUCGUGGAAGCGGCGCCGCAACCACGCACGAUGGUGCAGGCAACUCUAACACAACCUCCCUCAUGUUUAUCGAGAGGCUCGAGGUGCAGCGCGUGACGCUGUACGUCACCUUUGUUCGCCACAGACCCGACCCACUGCGACCGCUGCUCGGUGCCUAUGCGUGGAUGCUGCCCAGUCAGCUACGUCAGCGCGAGUUCUACCUCCCCGCCUGGACGCUGACGCGGCAGGUGGAGACGCCAGCUUCGCUGCAAGCGCGUCUUGUACGAUGGGUGAUGAACAGCUUGCGCGAGCAAUGGACCAAGGUGACGAAGCUCGGCACACUGCUGGCCGCACUACAGUUCUGGCGGCACCAGAUAGUGCCUUUGCACGGUGCUCCACGGGCAUUGACGCUCUCCUGCGUGCAGCAGCAGCAGCAGCAGCAAGAGAAGGAUAGCGGCGGUAGGCAGCCACUCACUACCUUCGCCCCAUGCGUGUCCUCGGGUGAGGAGGAGAACGAUGACGACUGCAACGCGGGUGUGCAGCGAGGCGGUUCGCAAGUGGAGAGGCCCGUUACGUCCCUGCAGCAGCGGUGA